AUGUCAAAUAUGUCAGGAUCUUCAGGUAGCAGGCGAACUGGAGGAACGACUAAGAUCCGACUAACAGUCCUUUGCGCUCAGAAUUUGUUGAAAAAAGAUUUAUUUCGUUUACCACCUGAUGCAUUUGCUAAGAUAAGUGUGGACGGGUCUGGACAAUGUUAUACAACAGAUACCUGUAAACCAACCUGUGACCCUCAGUGGAAUCAACAUUAUGAUUUAUAUUUAAGUAAAGGUGAUCAUGUAACAAUUACCUUGUGGAACCAUAAAAAAAUUCACAAAAAUAUUCAAAAACCUACUAGUGGUUUCCUUGGGUGUGUAAGAUUAUCAUGGAAUCAAAUUCAGAGAUACAAAGACACUGGUUAUCAAAAAUUAGAUUUAAUUAAAUUAAAUCCAGAUGAUCCAGUACCAAUUAGAGGUCAAUUAGUGUUAUCUUUAUUAUCUCAAGAUGGUACAGCAGGAGUAUCAUCUCAACAACCAUCUCCGUUGCCAGAUGGAUGGGAGGAAAGAAAAACAGAAAAUGGACGAUUAUAUUAUGUAAAUCAUAAAACCAAAACUACUCAAUGGGUUAAACCUACAAAAUCUCUUUCAAAAAUUACUACAGGUAGUAGUAGUCCUCGUCCUCCAGCACCAACACCUACAGAAGAUAUACAAAAUGAAUCUGAUGUGAUAAAUAAUAAUGAUGGUAAUAGCAUUGCUUUGACUGCACAAACGAAUAGGAAUCCUAGCAAUCGAGCAUCCCUUAGUUCUGCCAGACAUGCAUCAUCUCAUAGUUCCUCAAUUCAACAACCGCAAGACUUGCCAACAGGUUAUGAAAUAAGAACAACACCUCAAGGACAAAUUUAUUUUUAUCAUACCCCAACUGGUUUAAGUACAUGGCAUGAUCCGAGAAUUCCAAGAAAUAUUACUGUCACUUCUGGACAACAACUUGGCCCUUUGCCUGCUGGUUGGGAAGUACGUCAAACAUCUAGUGGUCGCUAUUAUUAUGUAGAUCAUAAUAAUCGAACUACAACUUUUUCGGAUCCAAGACUUUCAACAGCAGUGAUAGCUAAUUUAUUACAGAAACAAAAUGAUCAAAGCUCAUCGACAAACGAACAAAUCUCAAUGAACAAUAAAGAAAACACUAGUAUCAAUACUAGAGUGCCCAAUACUAGUGAAACAUCAUCAAGUCAACAGAGGAUUCAACCUCGCCCUGGCCCUGUUUUCGAUGGUCCCCAAAGUAUUGAGACUGAUUCAGAGUGUUUGCCUAAAUAUAAACGUGACUUAGUAGCUAAACAGAAGAUUUUACGUACGGAACUUGCUGCAUUACAGCCUCCAACAGGGCAUAUGAGAUUAGAAGUUUCAAGAUCAGAAAUAUUUGAAGAGUCAUAUCGAGCAGUGAUGAAGAUGCGACCAAAGGACCUACGAAAACGGUUGAUGGUCAAGUUCAGAUGUGAAGAAGGUCUUGAUUAUGGUGGUGUAGCAAGAGAGUGGUUGUAUUUAUUGUCCCAUGAGAUGCUUAAUCCCCAAUAUGGAUUAUUUCAAUACUCCAGAGAAGACAAUUAUACUUUACAAAUAAAUCCGGAUAGUUCAAUUAAUCCAGAACACCUAUCUUAUUUCCACUUUGUGGGUCGUAUAAUUGGAAUCGCCAUUUUUCAUGGACACUAUAUUGAUGGAGGAUUUACAACCCCUUUUUAUAAAAUGUUACUAAACAAACCAAUUACUCUGGAAGAUAUAGAAGGAGUAGAUCCUGAAUUACAUCGUAGUCUCACAUAUAUAUUGGAAAAUAAACUUGAAAAAGAUAUAAUUGAUACUACUUUUGCGGUCGAACAAAGUAGCUUUGGUGUAUUAAAAUUGCAUGAGCUCAAAACUGGUGGACAAAAUAUUCAGCUCACAGAAGAUAAUAAAAAAGAAUAUGUCAAAUUAUACGUGACGUACAGAUUUAUGAGAGGAAUUGAACAACAGUUUUUGGCAUUGCAAAAAGGCUUAACUGAAGUAGUUCCUGGAACAUUGCUAAAGCCUUUUGAUGAACGCGAGAUUGAAUUAAUUAUCAGUGGUAUUGGCACCAUUGAUAUUGAAGAUUGGAAGCGUAAUACUAGGCUCAAACAUUGUGCAUCAGACAUGCCUGUGGUUAAAUGGUUUUGGGAAAUAAUUGAACAAAACUAUAGUCAAGAAAUGCGUCUCAGGCUGUUACAAUUUGUCACUGGAAGUUCUAGAGUUCCUCUUCAAGGUUUUAAGGCACUUCAAGGGUCAACUGGAGCAGCUGGGCCUCGUUUGUUUACCAUACACUUGACUGAUGUACCUACUGAUAAUCUCCCCAAAGCGCACACCUGCUUUAACCGUCUUGAUUUGCCAAAAUAUGAGAGUAAACAAAGAUUACUUGACAAACUCAGCCAAGCAGUUGAAGAGACUUGUGGUUUUACUGUUGAAUAG